AUGUCAGGAGGGACAGUUAUGGACCACAUGACGUCUCUUCCUCAUCAGAACGACCAGAAUGUCAUCCGUCACUUGACGAACUUCGUGAAAACUCCGGUGUCGGGUGAUGCCGAUAUCAAGAAGAAAGAAGAGUCCAUAUUAGAACUGGGCAGUAUGCUUGCGAAGAAUAAACAAACUGAAGAACUUAGAAAAAUGAUUGAGCAAACUCGUCCGUUCUUGGUUUCACUGGGGAAAGCAAAAGCUGCGAAAUUAGUUCGGAAUCUGGUGGAUCUUUGUCUCAUGAUUGAUGACCAAGACGGGGACAUUAAGAUCGAAUUGGUACGUGAAUGCAUCCAGUGGGCCAUUGAUCAGAAUCGAACAUUUCUUCGUCAGACACUUGAAGCACGUUUGGUUCGGUUGUUCAACGAUCUUCAUCGAUAUACACAGGCUCUUCCACUUGCUGCUGAUCUUAUUCGUGAACUGAAGAAGCUGGAUGAUAAAGAUGUGCUGGUGGAAGUGGAAUUGGAAGAGAGCAAGGCGUUUUAUCAUCUUGGGAACAUCGGCAGAGCUCGAGCCUCGUUGACUGGAGCACGGACCACUGCAAAUGCCAUUUAUGUGCAACCGAGAAUGCAGGCGAGUGCUGCGCUCGAUCUGCAGUCAGGCAUCCUUCACGCAGCGGAUGAGAAGGACUUUAAAACUGCGUUUUCAUACUUUUAUGAAGCGUUCGAAGGUUACGAUUCGGUCGAUGAGAAGAGUCUUGCACUACUUUCACUGAAGUAUAUGCUUCUUUGCAAGGUAAUGUUGGACGUCCCAGACGACGUGAAUACGCUGCUAACGGGUAAACUCGCGUUGAAAUAUUCUGGAUCUGAUUUGCAAGCCAUGAGAGCUAUUGCUGCAGCUGCUAAAAAGAGAAGCCUUGCGGACUUCAAUACGGCAUUUGGUGCUUAUCCACAAGAGCUUCAAAUGGAUCCUGUUGUCCGCAAACACUUUAAUUCCCUUAGUGAACGAAUGCUCGAAAAAGAUUUGUGCCGUAUAAUUGAGCCAUAUUCAUGUGUGCAAAUCGACCACAUUGCUACAAGCAUAGGUAUUGAUCGCGAAAAGGUUGAGAAGAAGUUAUCACAAAUGAUUCUGGAUCGGAAGUUCAGCGGAUCACUGCAUCAAGACGAUGGGAUGCUAAUAGUUUACGAUUCAUCACCUCCAGAUGCCAUUUACGAAACUGCUUUGAAAACGAUUCAUGCUAUGGGUGAAGUAGUUGACGCGUUGUAUCAACGUGCCAGUAAAUUGCGGUAG